UAAGCACGUACAACCAGAGUUAGGUUUUAUUUAAGAGGAAGUCUGGAGGCACAAAGACAUUUUUUAAAAGGUUUCUACAACAAUGGAAACAAAUGUGGAUAGUUUGAAAUCUCAUCUAGAUAAAAGGGGUAUACACUUGUAUGUUGGUUGCUCAUCAUGUUUAGAUAGAACUGAGGAAUCUUUUCAAGUGAAGGAGCAUUGCAAGUUAAGCAAUAAUCACCGAUGCAAGAAAAGAAUUCUUGUGUAUGCGAUAGAGACCGAAUUUCAUUCACAUUUUCAUGAGAUAAAAGCAACAGGAGGAAGGGGCCAAAACUCGACCCAUACAGACAUUGAAAGAUCCAUAUUGUCUGCAAUAAGUGAUUAUGGCUUAUCAAGAGAAAGGGUUAUACAAUUAUUAAAACCAUCAUGGUCUGCUGCCGAAGAUAAUGGGCAAGAAACAGUUCAACCUUGUGUAUUGGAUUCAAAUAAGAGAACAAUUUUGCAAAGUAUGAUUGGUAAAAAGGAGCUGAAAGGACGUUACUUUAAAGCUUGUGGUAGCUGUUAUGAAUUAAAACCAAGGAUUAUCAUUGAGCGAGAAAAUUCCAAACCAUGCAGCUGGUGUAUGUCAGCACAAAAUCUGAUUGUGUUGGUGGAAAAUUGCCCUAAUAAGUUCAACCAUGAGUAUGAGGUUAUCAGGGAGAGGAAAUCUACAUCUGGCAGAAAUGAACUGUGCAUGGAUUGGGGUAAAAAUAAAUAGACAUGUUCCCGCGGUGUUUCGUGCACCUUCGCACAUGGAGAAGCAGAACGUCAAGUUUGGGAUCUAAAUAUUCAGCAUGGAAUAUCAAGGGAUAAUCUACUUGAAUAUUUUG